UAUACAGUUUAAAAAAAAAAUAAAAAAUACUGUAAGUCUAAUUUUUCAAAGAUCCCAAAGGCUAAAGCAGAAAAUGCUUGUGUACUGUCUGCACAGUAAAGAAGUCUCACCUGUAGUGAAUAAUUAAAAAGUAAUGCAAGUAGGGAUGCUCAUUUCGCUUAAGUUUCCUGAAUGACAACCGUUGCUUGUACGUGAACCGUUAACUGAUAAAACUAGAAUAAUAAAUUAGAAUUAAAUAAAAAAUAGAGUCUGUGAUGACACAAAAAACAGAAACAAAUAUUUUAUUUUAAAGUGCAAACAGGGCAGCAACAAAACCUGGAUUCAUACAUCCUUAAAUUAUCACACAGCAGCAGUGCUUCUGAGAACAGAGAAAAUCUAGAUAGACUGGAAGCGCUGCCUGCUAAACUGUUAGACCCGCGGCAAAAAAACCAUCACAAAAAUCCUGUCAAUUUGCGGUUUGGGACUUUUCAUCCAGUAGUCUUAUGUUUCUAUCCACAGCAUGUUUUUGCAGCAUUGAGCAAAAGCCAAUCACAGACAUACUUGUUGAUUUCAUUAACACAUUGGCCAAUCAGAGGCACUCAAGUUACAAUCCUGUCACCACCCAAAAUUCCGGUGUUCAGUUCUGCUGAGUUCUACAAGUUUCUCACUCGUCAAAACAAGUGUAGACAUGACGUAAAUAAGAGAUCAAUUGCGCAGUUAACUACAUCAGUUAACUUAGUGAAGGUUGUUAGAUUUUGCUGUAUUUGAGCAGUGGUUUGGGUGGCUCACCAAUGUAUUAGAUUUUCCUAAUACGUAAAAUAAGUAAGCUUGACCAGAGUUCUUGUGGGGAGAAGAAUUUAUUGAAGGUAGAAGUGUAGCAGGUCUUCAACAGCGAUGUUAGCUUGUCGGUCUUUAAGAAUCUUAACCCGUUUAAGGAUCCUAAGCUUCUUCCUACUUCUUUCAAAGUUCUCCAUAGCUUCUGCAUAGCUUCUCUAUAAGACACUGAGGAUGUGAUUUUGGUCACGUUUGUUCUGCUGGUUUCAUCAGUCAGUGGGAUUUCAGAAGCUUCAAAACCAUCAUCAAAUAAUGUCAUGAACCUUCUGAAACUCCGGCUCCAAUGAAUGAUGUUGUAUGGACAGAAACCAGCAGGACACACUUGACCAAAAUCACCUUAUGUGUUCAGAAAAAAACAAAAAAUAGGCACAAAUAUUGGACAGUGUGGAGGCGAGUAAAUAAUGACUGAAUUUAUGUUUGGAUGAACUAACCAUUUAAACCCCCAAACAGAAAUUGUAUGACAUGUAAGCAAGCAUUUUCAUUAUAGUAGUACCUUGAAGAAAUAAACUGUAAGAAAUGGGCAGCUUUAUUGUGUGUUUGUGCCCAAGACAAAAAAUAAAAAUAAAAAAUGUACAAAAAUAACAUUUACAUUUAUGCAUUUGGCAAAUGUUUUCAUGCAAAGUGACUUACAGUGCUCUUAUUACAGGGAGCCAAGCAAAGACAGGUGAAGGUGGGCACGGUGGUCAGGAUAAAGCUGCAGAAUUAGCACAGCAGGAUAUGAGAUCUUCAAGCAGUUUAUCGACAUCUCCUUUGUGCAGAUAUUGCAAACAUUGCAAACAUGGAUGAAAACAUGCUAGCAAUUCACCUACAGUUCAGCGUUUUCAAAGCGGUUUACCAAUGAAUGCUGGAAUGUUCCCAAUAGCCUGAAAGUGAAGAAGAUAAAGUUUGAGAGAAAAACUGAAAACAUGAAUGAUCCAGAGUACUGCGGAAUAAAACAGGAAGAUAUUGAACAACAAAUAGACCUGAUAGCAGAGAACAGGAAGAUUAAAGAACUCGUUGAAGCGGGGAAGAAACAUCAGGUCAAAACUGAAGAGAUAUCUUGGAGUUCCUCAUUGAAAAAUGAUAAUAUAUGUUUCACUUGCUCUCACUGUGGAAAGAGUUUCUCAUGCAAGCAAGAUCUUGGCCUUGACGUAAUAUUUCUUCAAGGAGGUAAGCCAUAUGCAUGUGAUAAGUGUGAGAAGAUUUUCAGAAUAAAAGGAAAUCUUGUUGAACACAUGAACAUUCACACAGAGAAGCCACACACAUGUGAUCGAUGUGGGAAGAGUUUCCCACAAAAACAAAACCUUGAUGAACAUAAGAAAAUCCACAUUCUGCCACUGCCAUACGAAUGUGAUCAAUGUGGGAGGAGUUUCCCAUAUAAAGGAAACCUGGACAAACACAUGAGGGUCCACACUGGAGAAAAGCCACACACAUGUGAUCAAUGUGGGAAGAGAUUCCCAUAUAAAGGAAACCUGUAUAAACACAUGAAGAUCCACACUGGAGAAAAGCCACACAUGUGUGAUCAAUGUGGGAAGAGUUUUGCACAAAAAGGAAACCUUAAAGUACACAUGAAAAUCCACACUGGAGAAAAGCCAUACAUAUGUGAUCAGUGCGGGAAGAGUUUCGCACACAAAGGAAACCUUAGUGUACACAAGAAAAUCCACACUGGAGAGAAACCAUAUGCAUGUGAUCAAUGUGGAAAGUGUUUCAUAGAAAAAGUGUCCUUUAAUGAUCAUAUGAAAAUCCACACUGGAGAAAAGCCACACGCUUGUGAUCAGUGUGGGAAGAAAUUCACACAAGAAAGAAACCUUAAGAGACACAUGAAUGUCCACACUGGGGAGAGGCUAUUCACAUGUGAUCAGUGUGGGAAGAGAUUCACACUUAAAGCUAAUCUUAAAGCACACAUGAAGAUCCACACUGGAGAGAAGCCACACACAUGUGAUCAAUGUGGGAAGAGUUUCAUACAUAAAACAAGCCUUAACGAACACAUGACAAUUCACACAGGAGAGAAACCGCACACAUGUGAUCAAUGUGGGAAGAGUUAUACACAAAAAGGAGCCCUUAAAGAACACAUGAAAAUCCACACUGGAGAAAAGCCACACACAUGUGAUCAAUGCGGGAAGAGUUUCAGAAAAUCCGCCGUUUUUAAAGUACAUCUGCUUACUCAUUCUAGAGAAAGGUUAUAUAGCUGUGAUCAAUGCGAUAAAAAGUUUUUUAGGCCAGAUUUCCUGAAAGAUCACAGAAGAGUUCAUACAAAGGAGAAGCCUUACGUAUGUUCUUUGUGUGGAAAGAGUUUUAGUCAGAUGGGUACUUUAAAAGUACACCAGAAAAGACACAGUGGUGUGAAGGAUCAUGUUUGCUCUGAAUGUGGUAAGGCUUUUUUUACGGAUGGUGCACUGAAAGUGCACAGGGCAGUUCACACUGGAGAAAAACCUUACAAGUGUUCACACUGUGACAAGAGCUUCAAACGCUCUGAAUAUCUGAGAAUACAUGAAAGGAUCCACACUGGAGAGAAGCCGUAUCACUGCCAUUCAUGUGGGAAGAGUUUUGCUCAUUGUUCUGCUUUAACCAGUCAUAAAAAAAAAAUGCAUGUCUGAACUUAGUAGUAGUUCAAGUUCUGAACUGUAAGACUGCAUAAAACAAUUAUAUUGAUACUUGAUUAAUCAAAGAUUAUUAGAACAAUUACUGAACUGACUGCUGAUUAUUUCAGAUGAAUAUUUUUGUAUUAGUCAUUUUAUUGUUUGUUCAUUAUACAGGUAUUAUUCAUAACAGGUUUUCCCCCAGGCCAUAUCUUACCUGAACAACACAUAACACACUUCAGUACUGUACAUCAGUAAAGAGCACAUAUACACAUUCACAGUUCUGUCAAUGGACAUUUUGCCUUUAUUUUGCCAAUA